CGCUGAUGCACAGAACGGCAUCUCGCAGGAGUCACUCGGUGGAGUAAUAACAGGCCGCACCUGAAAGCAGCACGGGAACAACCCCCGCCCCUAUUACCUCCCCCUCUUCUGACGUCACGCCAACGGCUAUUUGCAUGAAGUGUUUUCUAGCUGCGGCUUCAAGUCGCCUGCAGAACGAGUCUCUCCGAGGGGCAAAGCGAGGGAAGAGACGCAGUGAAAAUACGAGGAGGAGGGGGGUCUUGUGUUUCACGGCAGAGGAGCAGCAGGAAAAAACGGGCUGAAAGCGAGGAGAAGGUGUCGGAUAGCCAAAGCAGAGGAGAAAAAAAAAACCAAACACAGAAGAGCCGCUUCUCUCGUAUCGGAAAAUGGAGCUACCCGCCGCGGGAGAGCACGUCUUUGCGGUGGAGAGCAUCGAGAAGAAGCGCAGCAGAAAGGGGAGGGUCGAGUAUCUGGUCAAGUGGCGAGGGUGGUCUCCAAAAUACAACACGUGGGAGCCAGAGGAGAACAUCCUGGACCCAAGGCUGCUAGAUGCUUUCCAAGACCGGGAACGUCAAGAGCAGCUGAUGGGAUAUCGCAAGAGAGGACCCAAGCCUAAGCACCUUCUGGUUCAAGUUCCUUCUUUCGCCCGGAGAUCCAGUAUUCUGGCUGACCUUCACGAGGCGUCCCUGGACGAGGACAGCUGUCAGAAGACCAGCCCCAUCCAGAUGCUCCGUCCCCAGAGCCAGCAGUACCAGCUAAACAGCAAGAAGCACCACCAGUACCAGCCACUGUGCAGAGAGCGGGAGACCGAGCAGCAGGCCAACGGCAAAAAGUUCUACUAUCAGCUCAACAGCAAGAAGCACCACCACUACCAGCCGGACUUCAAGGUGCACGAGCCCAUAUUUGCUAAACCCCGAGAGGUGAAAGCUCCGGAGCUGGCUAACAAGGGGUACAACCUGCCCCCAGUGCUGCAGCAAAAGUGGGUGAGGGACAAGGACUCAGGCUGCCUGACCAAAGUCAAGGACAUCACCAUGGAGCUGAAGAAGCUUCCGGCAGACCUCAAUGGCCACAAAGAGCCAGAGAAGGUCAAACCUAAAGAGGACGCUUCACCACAGUCUAAUGGUGUCAGCAGCAGCAAGCUAAAGAUCGUGAAGAACAAAAACAAGAAUGGGCGGAUUGUUAUUGUCAUGAGCAAGUACAUGGAAAACGGAAUGCAAGCGGCAAAGAUUAAAAAUGGAAAUCCAGAAAGUGCUGAAAAGCCGCCGCAGGGAACUGACAGCACGGAGAACCACCUUGAGAAGAUGAGACUCGUCAAGAAGCUCGGCCUCAUGAAUGGAUUUGCAAAAAACCCCAAAGACAAACCAACUGUUCCCAGUUGUGGAUUUAACAGAGAUUGCCCCAAAGAAAAAGAACAGUCCCCCAAACUGGAGCCAACUGUGACGGAACAGGAUAAACAUGUCGGGGUCAGGGGUCAGGGGCAGCUUCCAGCGGAUCAGCCUUUACAAUUGACAACCAAGCCUAAUCUGCUCUCCCUGCCUUUGGAUAGGGGAGUUCCCUCCCCACUGGACAAAAGAGGAAGCCAAGGUGGAUUUCAAGGACUAAAGCGACACCUCUCUGACACAGACAGUGAGGAUCAUAGGCCUAGUAAGAGGUUUUUGAGCUCCAGGAGUAUCAGUGCCCCUAACACGGUAUCGUCGCCCACUCAAAGCAUCAGCACCCACCAAAACGGACAGCAGAGUGACACUGGACCGCAGGACUGUGGCUACCCAGACCAAGAGGAACCUAUUGACUUGAGCAUUGUCAAGUCCAGGCCUAAAGCUACCCAGGCUGAAACACACACAACAGCUGAAACGGCUACACAAGCUGUAACACAAACGGACACACAGACAGAAAGUCAGCCCCAGACUGAGACACGAAAGACCCCAGAGGAGGAGAAAGCUGAUUCGUUGUCUGGGUCUAAGCAGGGAAAGGGAAAAGAGGAGACAUUUCCCUCUUUCCAGCCUUUCCUUGGGAAUAUCGUGAUCACAGACAUUACUACAAACUGCCUCACGGUUACGUUUAAGGAAUACAUAACAGCGUAACUGAACUGGGAACCAACUGUAUAAAUGUAUAUUAGAUAUAUUUGUAUUUUCAGAUGCUUGAAUGUAUGACCUUUGAUGUUCUUUUCAUUUUGUAUAGUUCAGUUUUUAAGAAAAAGAUCCUUUAUUGCGUUAUUUGCAUAUUUCUUCUUAUAAGCUCUACCUGUUGUUAUUUCUGGAGAUUUAACACAUGCAGUAUCUAAUUUCAGCUAUUUUCAAACUGAGUUUAAAAAGCAAAAUUAGGUUAAAUAAAUGUCGGAACUUUAAUUAAAGAUGCCCUUAACUCUUGUAAAUACUCUUCACUUUUCUAUGGAUGUAAUUUGAUUAGACACGCAACUGUCUGCAUCUCAGAUAAUGUUCAGCAAAUUGGCUAUGUGGAGGAUUUUGUAAGGAAGAAAAAUUAUAUUGAAACAUGGUAAAUUACACUGUGUAUGUGUAUGAGUGUGUGUGUGUGUGUGCGUACGGGUGUGUGUAAACAGAUGGACAGAUUUAAGGAUGCAUGCUGCUUGGACAGAUUAUGCCAUUAGGCAUGCUUAAACAAGCAGAUAAAGAAAAAUGAAGCACCUCCCCAUCAAUAAAUGUGAUUUGCAUUGUUGAAAGGGGGGUGGUUUUUAAAUGAAAGAUUAUCAAUGGUUAAUGUUUGAUAUAUGCUCCUAUUAUUUGAUCUCUGUUCAAAGGUAGUGUCUUCUGAGUCGUGCAUCUGGAGAUCUGAUACUGAGCACAAGCCACUUCUGAUGAGACGGUCGAUAUACAACCGUGCGACUGUUUAUUUUCUGUUUUGCAGCAGUGCGGUGGCUAAAAAUGUCUUUAUUCAUUUGAAUUAUAUCGCUCACAAAUCUGUGUUAACACUGCUGGCUGAGCUGCGUAAUCCUACAGAUUAGUACCACCAGCUGGGUGCUCCAUGAAUCAGUUUUUCAUGUUUCUGUUGUCUGGCACUCUGACAUGUUCGCUGGUACGUGUGGGACUGAGUGGGCACAUUUUGAGUAACUUUUGCAACAAAGCGGUAAUUGAAAGUAGGUAAAAGCACACCUUCUCAUCAUGAUCAGAUCUGUCCCCUUGUGUCAUACAUUCCCCCCGUCCUUCUUUAGAAAUCCCAUCCAGCACUUUGUGAUCUGAGGUGCAUUGAACUGUUCUGUGGGGACGUUGAUCAGAUGCACUUUUGAUGUUUUGUGUGCAGACUUAAAAAAAAAGAUGAAGGCUUCCAAUCACACCUUUUGCAAUAAUAAAAUUGUUUGC